AUGACUUCUGUACAUUCGCCGGGUCCAUCAAUGCAAGUGUACAGCACCGAAGUCACCUCUUUUUCCCUUCCCUACGCUUUUUUGUUCAUUUUCGGAACGGCUGGCAACGUCGCUGUGCUCACUUAUGUUUUCUUUGUGACAAGAUCCUUACGAUCCUCAGUGACUGCUUUGGGAAACACAUUCGUCUACAUGGUCGUUUUGUCGGGAGUCGAUCUUUUGGUCACGAUGUCAAUUCCAUUUCAUUUAUCAGAAAAGAAACCAAAAGCUGAGACGAUCACCUAUCCAAUCGUGAAACAAAUGUGCGUUGACGGGUUGAGUAUCACGAUGAAAUUCUGGUUUCUAUGCGCCAUGGUUGUCGUUGCAUUUCUGCUCCCAUGCACUUUACUCACAUAUUUCUACGUGAGAAUCAUUUUGAGGUUGAGGCGACAGAUACGCACAAUGUUGCAAUCAAGAAUCCCCAUUAAACGGAUCACGAUUUACACACUGGUUGUCACAUUGUUCUACUUGGCAUGCCAGAUUCCCUACUGGUUACCGCAAAUCUAUUUGAUCUUCGCGAAAAUCUUUCGUCUUUCUCUCAGUCGUGACUUCAUCAAGAUCACCUAUGUGGCCCAUAUGCUUCCCUUCUUGGCAGCGGCGUUCAAUUGGAUUUUCUAUGCCCAACUGAAUAGUCAAUUCAAAAAGGGACUCAUUUUGGUCACCGAGCGAAUGCACAGGAAAAUGACAAGAACGGGUACAAAGCGAGUAGCUGACACGAUGGACGAGUUGUGUAUCGAGAUGAUGUCGAGGAGUGAGGAGGCGCCGAAUUGCGUUUGCCCAAACUGUGAGCACCCGCUGUCGAUCAAGGUUCAAAAGAUCAGCACCUCGGUGAACGGGAAUAACGCAAGUCACGUG